CUCUCACUCUCCACGCUCUCCCACUCACUCCCGCCUUUCAUUCACUCUUUCAUCCUCUCGCGGCACCCACAUCCUCCUCUGGCUUCACGCGCCUUCACGGCGGUGCCAGCGGUCUCGGUCUGCGCUACACCUUCCUUCCCCACACGAGCUGCGCACCACCACCCCCCUCCUUCCCCCCAUUCUCAAGCACCGCACCUCUGCCACCCCAGCACACACUCGAUACGCCACACGGCAGACUUCACACUCCUCCGCACAAAAUGGCGCAACAGCCAGGCAACGCGCCGCAACAAGGCACCGUGCCGCUCAUCAAACCCUCGCAAAUCGAUGGCCUCCCAGUCCUCGGCCCCGAGCAGAAAGCAAAGUACAAAGCCGGGCUCAGCAACCUCUGGCAGGUGCUUGAAUCCUCGCCGCAAGGCAGCGCCGCGUACAGCGAGGCCGAGAGCAAGAUCCGCGCCGCGAGCAUGCAGUUGAUGCAGGCUAUUAGCAAGGGUCGCCCUGGCUCUGCUGGUGCUGCUGGUGCUGCUGGUGGACCUGGUCAGCCUGGCGCGGGACAGCAGAGACCACAGCCCGGUGCGAUGAAUCAGCAGCAGCAACAGCAACAGCAACAACAACAACAACCGCAGGCAGGAGGGGCGGCGCAGCGUCCGCAGGGCAUGCAACAGCCGGCGGGAGGUCAGCAGGGUCCUGGGAUGCUGGACGCAACGAAACGAGAACUUGCCAGCAUUACCAUCAACCUUCCACCCCAAGUCGCUCAGAGUAACGACCCGAACGUCGCUGGCAACUUCCGUCGGACAUGGCUCAAUCGCGCUACCCAAGUGCUCACACGAAGAGACUCUGCAAGAACACGGGGUUCGCAGCUGCAGAAGCUGCGCGACAGCGGGCAGGGCGGCACUGCACAGCAGAUCCACGCGGAGAUGGAGAAGUGCAAGCAGGACAUGCAGGCCGCGCAUCAAGAGUGGGAGCAACUCAAGCAGAACAACAUGCGCUUCGCGCAGCAAAACCCCGUUCAAAAUUCGUCGCAGGGUGCCCAGCCCAUGAACCCCGGGGCGCCGCAGGGUCAGGGCGACGUCAAUCAACAAAGUACAGCCAUGUCACCUGCCCAACAGGCAGGCGGCUUCCAAAAUCAAGUCGCCCCUUCACCGCAGCAGCAGGCGGCGUCGAACCAGCAACAGACGCCGCAGAGCGCAACACAGUCCCAGCCUCCGCAGAAUCUCCCGCAGUCAAAUAACAAUCUUUCGCAGCAGCCUAACCAGCAGAGGCCCCAGAUGAAUGCUCAGCAAAUCGCCCAAGCACAACAAAAUAUGCUCAAUCAGCAACAGCAGCAGCAGCGUCAGAACAUGAUGGCGGCGGGAAUGCAAGGCGCGAACCAACAACAAAUGCCACAGCAACAGCCUCAGCAACAGCAACAGCAACGUCCACAGCCCCCGCAGCCUUUGAGCCAUCAAGCUGCCAUGUCGCAAGCUAGUUUCGCUCGUCAAGAAUCCGCUCAACAGCAGCAGAUGCGACAGCAGCAACAGCAGCCACAACAGGCACAGCAAGGACAACAAUCCCAGCAACAACCGCAACAACAGCCGCAACAAGACCAGCAGCAACAACCCCAACAGCAACCACCGCCCCAAAUGCCAAUGAUGCCCCACACCUCCGGCUUCAAUCAAACCCCAACCCAACCCAGCCAGACUCCCACCUCCGCCCACCCGCAAGGCAUGGGCUCCACCAAAUUCCCCAUCCCCAAACAACUCAACCUCGACGCCCGCACGCAGGGCCCCGUCCAAGGCCCAGCAUCGCGCCCCACCCUCUCCAACGCAGGCAUGAUGGGCCAACCCGCGCUCCAGCGCGCCGCGCAAUUCACCCUCGAAGGCGAAGGCGACCGCGUACUCUCGAAGCGCAAACUCGACGAGCUCGUGCGCCAAGUCACCGGCUCGACGGAAGGCGCGCUCACGCCCGAAGUCGAGGAGGCGGUGCUCACGCUCGCGGACGACUUUCUCGACAACGUCGUCACGGGCGCGUGUCGCCUGGCGAAGAUCCGCAAUUCCCAGACGCUCGAUAUCCGCGAUUUGCAGAUUGUGUUGGAGCGGAAUUAUGGCAUUCGCAUCCCUGGGUAUAGUUUGGAUGAGACGCGGACGGUGCGCAAGUUUCAGCCCGCUGAGGGGUGGAGGAGUAAGAUGCAGGCUGUGCAGGCGGGGAAGGUGAUGGGGGCUAGUCAGGGGAAGGAUGUGUGAGUGUUGGCAUGAGAGUUGGAAGCGAUUACGGUAUUCAUGAUCUUGGGAGCGGGCGAUGGGUAUGCAUUUCUAUAGGAGAUAGCUUACAUGAAUUGGAGUGCAUUGGUAUGCA